AUGGCAGAAGCAGGUAUUUCAGUGGCUCAGGAUGAGUUUACUUGCCCAAUCUGUCUGGAUCUACUGAAGAAUCCAGUGACCAUUCCCUGUGGACACAGUUACUGUAUGGACUGUAUUACAGACUGCUGGGAUCAGGAUGAUCAGAGGCGAAUCUACAGCUGCCCUCAGUGCAAACAAACCUUCACACCAAGACCUGUUUUAGGUAAGAAUGUGGUGUUUGCUGAAAUGCUGGAGAAACUGAAGAAGACAAAACUUCAAUCCGCUCCUGACUCUGCUCAUUGUUGCGCUGGACCUGGAGAUGUGAAGUGUGACAUCUGUACUGAGAGAAAACUAAAAGCAGUCAAGUCCUGUCUAGUGUGUCUGAACUCUUACUGUCAAAAUCACCUCAACCAGCAUGAGAAUUUCUUUAAAGGUAAAAACCACAACGUGAUCGAUGCCACUGAACGACUACAAGAAAUGAUCUGCAAAAAACACAACAAACAACUAGAAAUCUACUGCCGUACUGACCAACAAUGCAUUUGCUAUCCGUGUAUGAUGGACGUUCACAAAAACCACGACACUGUGACAGCUGUGGCAGAGAGGACAGAGAAACAGGUGUGA